AUGGCGGGAAACAAGAACCAGCUUCGAAGAGCUCGGAAAAAGGCCCAGAAGGCCGAGGCUGUCAACGCGCCGGUCGAGAAGUCCCAGGAACCAGAUUCAUCAUCAUCAUUACCACCCAGCGCCCCGAUUACAGAAGAUGUAUCGUCUGUCGCACCGGUUGCAGCCGCCCCAGCGGACGAUGACCCACUAUGGGAGAUGUACAAGGGUCUCAUCACUAAAUUCGACGAGACGGGAGACAAUGCCCCUACAAAGGAGAGCGAAAAGCCGGAGGUCUUUUUCGACGAUGAGGACGAAAUCCCUGACGAGGAGGAAACCGACGAGCCCAAGAUCUCCAAGAAGAAGCGAAAGGAGUUAAACAAACUAUCCGUCGCCGAAUUGAAGGCCAUGGUACACAAGCCGGAAAUUGUAGAAUGGACAGAUACUUCCGCCUCAGACCCUCGACUCUUAAUUCAUCUCAAGGCGCAUCGAAACGUGGUCCCGGUCCCCUCCCACUGGUCCCUCAAGCGCGAGUACCUUUCGUCCAAGCGCGGUGUUGAAAAGGCACCCUUCGCGCUUCCGAAAUUCAUUCAAGAAACGGGAAUAUCCGAAAUGCGCGACGCCGCAUUAGACAAGCAAGAUGCGUCUUCUCUCAAACAAAAACAACGCGAGAGGGUGGCGCCGAAAAUGGGAAAAUUGGAUAUCGAUUAUCAAAAGCUCUACGAGGCGUUUUUUCGCUUCCAGACCAAGCCAGAAUUGACACGUUACGGUGAAAUCUAUUACGAAGGCAAGGAGUAUGAAACCAACCUCAAACAUCUUCAUCCCGGCGAUUUGAGUGAUGAGUUGAAGGAGGCCCUCAACAUGCCCCCCGGCGCUCCCCCGCCGUGGCUCAUCAACCAACAACGAUAUGGACCUCCGCCUUCUUACCCUUCCUUGAAGAUUCCAGGUCUCAAUGCACCACCUCCACCGGGUGCAAUGUGGGGCUACCAUCCGGGAGGAUAUGGAAAACCUCCCGUGGACGAACAUAACAGGCCGCUGUAUGGCGGUGAUAUCUUCGGUGUUCUACAGCCUCAACAAAAUGUCCAGCAAGGAGAGCCAGUCGAGAAAGAUCUCUGGGGAGAAUUGCAAGAGUCGGAAGAAUCCGAAGAAGAAAGUGACGAGGAGGGAGACGAGGACGAGGAUGAGGAAGAUGAAGAUGAGGCACAGGAGAAUGGAACACAUUCUCCGAGUGGCCUGGAAACCCCUGGUGGCAUGGCCUCCGCUGUUCCAUCGGAGAUUGGAACAACCGAGAAUAUCUCAGGAGAAUUCGAUGUCCGCAAACACCACCGUGGAACGGAGACCGAGGAGUCCGUCCACCCGCGGAGUGCUUACCAAGUCAUUCCUGAAAGACAAGCCAAUGUCCAAGGUUUCUUCGGCGGUGACAGAACAUACGAUCUCAGCCAACCGUCCGGCAACCCACCUUUACUCGGCGCGGACGAUCAAAAUCGCAAGCGCAAGAAGCCCGGCGAUGUUGAGGUAUCUGUUGAUUUGGAUGCACUUCAAUCCGGGGACGGUCUGAACAAGGAUAAUCUUCAAAAUCUCUACGAGUCGGAGAGGCAACAACAGAAUCAACCCCAAUGGGGGUUCCAAGAGGAUCUCAGCGACAUGAUUGCACAAGAGAGCCGCAAGCGAUUACGGAAGGACGAAGAACGAAAGGGCAAGCGGUGA